GAUUGAACCGGUAAAACCGGCUAUAAUUUUGUAACGAUGAAAAAAAGUAAAAAUAAAGAUUUAACCUGCGACGAAUAAAACCCUCUCCUCUUCCAUCUGCUAGGAAUCUUCAAGCUUUUGCUGUUCCAAUCCUCUUAAUCCGCCAUUAUAUACUUGAAAAUUUGGUUAAUUGUUUCUGCUCUAUAGGAACAGCGUAUCACACUAUUUUGGAAAAUCGCCAUUUUUGGAAACUCUGAGGACCGUCCAUCAUUGGAGGAGGUCAAGAUCAAACGCGACUAUGAGCAUUUCACCUUCACUGUUUAGUUCUUCUGGUUCCCUUUUUUCCGUUCUCACACUUGUUCUAACAUUCAUUCAUGGGAACACGAUGGAUGUAAAGGUUUUGCAAGUUGGACAGGAGCUAAUGAAGGAAACUCUUCCAUUCCAGUCCGGAUCUAGACUAUAUGAACUGCAAGGGUUGAAUUCGAAUAAGUGGUAUGAAGUGAAGAUCUCAUAUCCUGCUUCUAUACCAGCGACUUUUACUUUACAACUAAGUCAAGGAAGUUCGGGGCUAAAUGGUGGUAGGAAGUUAUUGAACACUGAGAAGAUUAUUUUUCAGGCUGACAGUAUUCAAUUGCUUGGUGACAAGGGUGGAACAUCUGUCCUGGUAAAUGUGGAGCCUGAGGGAAUUGUUGCAAUACCUGGGGUAAAGGAGAGGAAGUACGUAAUAUAUAAUAUAGUAUGUGAUGAGCUACUCUUUGGCAUCCCUCACCAAGCAUGGUAUGUUGUAGUGUUGGUGGUACUAUGCUUGGCACUGGCACUUGUAAUCCCGUCUUUUCUUCCGCCAUAUCUUCUACCAAAGAAUCAAGGGCUAAAUGCAGCUGGUCGUGGUAUUUCGAAGGACUCUUAACCAUGUUCUGGUAUUUGGCACCAGUAGCCAAUGGGUAGUGGGUCUUGAAGCUCAAAUUAUUAGAAAAAUUUUCUAACCUGUGUAAGCUAGUUUUGUUAAUUGCAAAUGAUUUAGUGAGUAACCUGUGUAAGCUAGAUUUGUUACUCAAUGCAAUCCUUCACCCCCUCUCUCUCUCUCA